CUCUAAUAUAAAAAUUAAAAUCGUAUGGUUAUAUAUACCGGAAAAGGAGUUGCUUUGUAGAUCGACAACUGGAAGAGUUGACAAAUCAUGGCAGACAAACAACAAGAAGAAGAAGAGGAUUCAAAAGUCAAUUCUCCUCAACCUCCUCCUUUUCUUGAAGUCACAUCCAACACUCUGGGCAAAGUUAGCCGCUUUGCAGCUGGUACCAAGGCAGGAUUUGCAGUUUCUUUAAUAAACACAAAAUUCGAAACCGGGUCUUCUUAUAUUGAAGCUGUUAAAGAUGGGGAGGAACCCAUCAGCUUUGGCCCUGAUGCUCUUCUUGUCAAUUAUGGCCAUGGUUGGAAGUUGCGAGCUGUUUCUGUAUCACAUUCUGGUGCAGGAAAAACAGAACGCAUCCGGCUGAUUCCAGCACAUGAAUCUACUAUGAACACUGAUGGCACUCCAAUGUCAGCUUCUGAAUCGGGGUUCGGUUCUGUGUACAUUGCAAAGGUAUUGUUAGCUUUUGUGAUGAUUUUUGUACUUGGAGCUAUUUUUACAGUGGCCCUUGAGAAUCUUCCGCAAAUGCUGUUGCUUAUUAACUCAUAUAUCUAAUACUGAUCCCCAAAUUACGGGUUGUAAUCACAGUUGUGAAAUUGAGAUUUGAAUUGUGGAUUGAGAAUUGAUUCGUAAGAUCCAACUAAAUUGUUAAUAUUAAUUAUAAGUAAAAUAAUUUACUCGAA